CCAGCCAGAUGGAAACGCAGGAGAAAGGCAGGCCCACAGAGGCUGCUGUGCCUGCGCCCAUCCCCUUGGAGACUUGUUUGCUAGUUUCUGAUAUUUUCCUCCAUUGUUCUUUUUCUUGCAAGUAUAUGCACUUAUUCCCUCCUUUUAUUUAAACAGUAAAGAAUAUUCUGUACCUUCUGUUCUCCACUUAAAAUAAAUGUGAGAGAACAUGACAAAAAGAAUAGAGAUGAGAUCGCAGGUAGAAAACAUGAAAAGGUUUCCAGGAUGUAGAUAAUAACUCCAAGGUAGAGAAUGAUGUCUUAGUCUGCUCAGGCUGUGAGAACAGAUACCGUAGACCAGAUGGCUUAAGCCACAGAAAUUAACUUUCUCCUGUGUGCCCUGCAGAUCCCAGAGGGAAGCCAGUACCUAGAGCUCUCCCUUUUUUUUAGGAUUGCAUUUGACUUCAUUGUGUCACUAUGCAUAUGACAGUUCAUGUCACUAAAGCAGAGGUACUUUAACCUGAGGAAAUAUGUAGAUGUCUUCUUUUCCCAGUGGAAAAUGUUUUUUUGGAAAUAAAAAUCUCAUUGUAGUUGUAUGUAAAAUUGCAGCAUCUGUUAUCCUCAGGAAGCAGAGGGAAAAGAGAUGGACGCUGCCAGUACGCAAAGCAUCCGUCCUCCCUCCCAGUGGGCCGGUCGUGGGUGCUCCAGCUGCAGCCCUGUGAAGCUUGCAUGUGCUCCUUUGCAUGCUCGCGCUCUGUACACUUGCCGGUGACCACCACAUGCCGGCCUGCUCUGGCGUCUGGGGAUCCAGGGAUGGAAAAAACCCUCAGACAAACAUCCCUGCCUGCCCAGAGUGCACAGCUAUGAGCUAGCUUGGAAGUGCUUAAGAGGAAGAUGUGGACAGGGAAAGGGACACAAGAUGUUGCAUGUUUCUCAAGUUUUAUAUGAAGCAGCAGCACUGUUCGUAAUAUUCUGUACCCCAACAUGGAGCCCCUUCCGACUCAUCUGCAUGAACGGCUGGGGAAGGAGUAAAGUGGUGGGUUCACAAGGACGCUUAGAAGAGAAGCGCCCAUGGCCUUGGGGGUAAAUGGCCUCAGAGGCAGGCAGGGAGAGCCAGACUGUGGGCUGGGGCCCGGGGGGCAACGGCACAGUGAUCUGCGCAGAGGGCCCACAGGCACAGUGGCUCCGGCAGGUGCUCGGGGCUGUGCCCUGUCCUUCCUGCAAGGAGAGCCAGUCCCUUCUAUUCCCCUCACAGAUCUGGGCUACCCAACCAUCUCAGAGAACUUGGACCACACGUUCCUACUGCUUCCAGGCCACUGCCUGGGAAUGGCUUUCUCCAACUUGUACUACAACUAUGAACUAUGCAAGUUCUGCAACACCAAGAGCCUGAACCAGACUGAGUGUGAUCAAAUUUGUGAAGAAAAGCUUGGAAAAUCACUUGAAGUUGGACAGCAUGUUUAUCCCAUUUUAGCAGAGGGAUAUAUGGCUCAGAAGAACAUCUAUGCCUGGACAUCUCUAGGGACGGGGAAGUGCCUCGCGGCCCUCGCCGUCUCGGGACCUGUGUGCCUCAUCCUGCAUUGGCUCACAGAAACCAGUGUCUUGUGGGAACUGAAAGCCAGGUUUCCUAGCUUCUACAGGAAGCAAAAACUGGGCUCGGGAAAGCAGGUGGCUUUACAGAGCACAGUGUCAGCGCCCCGUGACUAAGAUGUAGAAGAGGAGGCGAAAAUGAUCGAGACUUGCUUGGAAAUCCUGUGUAAGAAAAACCCACUGGUUGUUAAAGA